AUGGUAGUCUGACAUUGCACUUUGAGAGCUUUUGCUUCUAAAUUGUUGUGUGACCUACCACGGGGAUAAAUACUAAUCAAAUCUAUUAUAUUAUUCAACUCUCAGGACUGGAAACUGCUGGUUCUUUUGUCCAUAUGGCACCUAAUGUGGUUGGGAUCUAUGCUGUGCUGUGGGUCCCACUGUGUACUGUGGGAACGGCAGCCAUGCAUAUUUUGCCUUAGGCUUUUCUGUUCAGGAAUUCUUGGAAUUACUGUGUGGUUUACCUGUUUAGUUUUGGGGUGUGUUUGGGAUUCUUGUCCAAUUCAUCUGUCCAUCAUUCUAUGCGAAAGAGAGGAUCUAGGAACCUGGAUUUUGGGGAAAUCCAGUCCAUAUCCGAGGGGAGAUUUUAUCCAUUCAUUUUAGUUCUGUAAGUGCAAGGUGAUCUAGAGUCAGGAUGGGAGGAUGAUUGAAGUUUUCCACAUGUUCUUUUGGCUUGGCACAUUGGUGCAUGCAUGGUACUGAGAAUCGGUUUUCUUAGUGUAUAGAUUUGCCGGAGAAGACUAUCCAAAGUGGGUGAUUCUAGAUCCCUUUAUCCCCUUCCCAUUGUUGUUGGGCAUUUUUAGCUCAGACUAUCAACUAGAUAUAUUUCAUACUGCCCAAAAGAUGCAGAUGUUUGCUGGCUAUGUAGGUUUUGCCCUAGUUUUUUAGUUUAAUUUCCUAGCAGAUCUCUUAACUGCACGUACACAAUGUGAAUGCCAUAUAUGAGUGCGUUUUGGAUAUUGCAACCAUCUCGAUUAACCUCCUCUUGAAGGGAAAGGGGAUUUCUUACUUUCCUUUAUGAAUCCAAAAGGAGUAAUCCUUACUGUUGAUUCUGCAUGAUGCUGAAAGUUGCUGUUUCACAUAUCUAUGGUCGGUCUUUCAGUAGUUGGCUUACCUAGCGUCUAGCUUCUCCGACAAACUACUCUGCAAGUUGGAGAAGAUUUUGGUGCAUAGUUUAAUCAAAUUAUCUCACCACCAAAAGGACUAAAGGACCUCUGUUAAGAACCCUAUUACAUUUGCAUGGCUUUGGCUACUAAUGAAAAUCUCCCACCAAACGUGAUAAAGCAACUUGCAAAAGAAUUGAAGAAUCUUGAUGAAACCCCGCCCGAGGGUAUCAAAGUGGCUGUAAACGAUGAUGAUUUUUCUACUAUAUUUGCUGAUAUUGAAGGUCCAGCUGGGACUCCAUAUGAAAAUGGUAUUUUCCGCAUGAAGUUGCUAUUAUCUCGUGACUUCCCACAUUCUCCUCCCAAAGGUUAUUUCUUGACAAAAAUUUUCCAUCCCAAUAUUGCGACCAAUGGUGAGAUUUGUGUCAACACAUUGAAGAAGGACUGGAACCCAAGUCUUGGACUACGGCAUGUUCUUCUUGUAGUCAGGUGUUUACUGAUAGAACCAUUUCCAGAAUCAGCUUUAAAUGAACAGGCUGGCAAGAUGUUGCUUGAAAAUUAUGAGGAGUAUGCUAGGCUUGCUAGGCUGUAUACUGGAAUUCAUGCGCUUAAAUCAAAAUCCAAGUCCAAGACAGGAGCUAUUUCUGAGUCCACAACCGCUCUGAAUGUUGAUCAGGCCAACACAACAGUUCUCAGUAUUGAUCAAAAGAAUGCAGUAUCCAGUGCUGCAGUGUCACCCACUCCCUUGUCAACUUCUGCCACAACCACCAAAGGAGGGGUGAUUAGUCAGGAUCAGCCUGUGGUUGGUGGUGGUCCAGCUACAGGGACAAUGGUCGGUGGUGGGUCUGUAGCAGUACAGAAGAAGGAAGCAGGUGGGGUUGGGGUUGCAAAAGUUCAGGCUGACAAGAAGAAGAUGGAUGCCAGAAAGAAAAGCUUGAAGAGAUUAUAGGGUAAGGAAGGAGGGGGGACACAACCCAAAGAAUUUUCAUUUAUGACCCUUGAGGCUAACGUUGUUGCUUCUCUCUGAGGGUUUGUUGGAUACAAAAUAACAGAACAUGGGACAAAAAGAAAAAAAGAAAUGGGGAGGGGGGAGGGGGGAGGGAUGGUAUAUGAGUGAAUAUUCUGAAUUGCAAUGAUUAGUUUUUCUUAACAUUAUUUUCCUCCUUAUUGCCAGUUAGCUUAAAUUGUCUGAUUUUGAGAGGGGAAAUUCCUGUAUCUUUUUAUCUGAAGGUUCAGCUUUUGGGUUA